AUGGGAUUGUUUGACUUGUUUGUUGCAUAUUUAGUGGGUGGAAUUACUUUUAUACCUCUCAUAGUCAUUUUGUUUAUAUACUUGCAUCCAAAAAAAAACAAAUCCUUCAGAUCAGUACUGUCAGCGCUUAAGGCUGGAGAAAUUGAAGAGAGCAAAGAAACUGGGCUCGAUGCUUACAAGUCAGGUUGGAUAACUGUUACACAGGGGUAUCUAGAAUCUCCAGAUGACAUAAGUUCUUCUGUUCAAUCGAUAAGUGAGUCAGCAGAUAACAAAACUGCCUACGCAUCUUUGUAUAAGUUGGCGCAGAAAGAUAUUACAAGUACAGAAGGGCCGGAAAGUGUGCUUAACCCACCCGCAGAUAUUAAUAAAGUUACUAGUAAAAGCCACGCAAGCGAGAAGGUGAACCGUUCCCAAAAAAAGCACAGAUUUUAUGGAAUUUUGAAACAUGGAAAUCUAUUUUUGUACAAAGAUGAAGAAUUGAAAGAUGUUCGUCACGUUAUAGUUUUGUCAAAUCAGAUCGUUACAAUUUGGCCUAGAGAUGUUCUCGACAGUGAGCUCUUUGCUAAGAGGAGCUCUAUUUGUAUCAUGAAAAAGGAUUGGUCAAGGUCAAGAAGACUAUCAGAUUCAUUUGAUAAAGAUAAAAUAACUACGUCAGAUAUCUUAAGUAAUGACAAUAAUUUCAAUCCUCCUAAAGGUUCGUUUUUUAUUUAUUGUGAUUCUAAUAUUGAUAAAGAAGACUGGUAUUUCUCUUUGAUUAGGGCUACCAAACUUGAAGAUGUCAACAAUAAUCUUAACCCAGCAAUUUACGCGGAGACUUUACAUUUUGAGACUCACAACAUGAUUAACUUGAUUCAAAAUUUGUAUAGUUCUGAAGCGCAAUUGGAAACAAAAUGGUUCAAUGCCUUGGUUGGGAGACUUUUUUUAUCUUUGCAGAAAACUGAAGUUUUACAAAAAUUCUUGAAAUCGAAGCUAGAGAAAAAGCUCACUAAGAUCAAACGACCAGGUUACUUGAAUAGAUUUCAAAUAGGUGAGAUAUCUCCUGGUAAUUCAGCUCCCUUAUUAACAUUUCCAACUCUAAAGGAAAUUAGCCCAGACGGCACAAUUGUUGUUUCAGCUUGUAUUCAGUAUCUGGGCUGUUUCUCUACUCAAGUAUUAACUAAAGCAAACAUCAAUUUGGGGUCAAGGUUCAAACCUAGAGAAGUAGAUUUGCUUUUGAGUAUAUGUUUGGAAAAGCUAGAGGGAUCCAUAAUUAUCAAAAUAAAACCACCUCCAUCUGAUCGUUUGUGGUAUUCAUUCGAAAGCGAGCCGAAUAUGCGUUUAAACAUUGAGCCAGUGAUCAGCUCCAGGCAGUUCGCCUAUAACAUAAUAACUAACCUGAUCGAAAAGAAAUUGAAGGAUGCUAUAAAAGAAAGUCUAGUUUUGCCUCAUUGGGAUGAUGUGACCUUUUAUGAUACCACAGGAGAGAUAUAUAGGGGAGGCAUCUGGGAUAAAUCAGUUAGACCUGAGAACAAGAGUGAAGAAAUCGUUGAAAAUAUUGAACAAUCCGAAUCUGCUAUCCAUGAUAACAGUGACGAUUUAGACUUUAAAACCCAAAUUUCAUACAACAAGUGGACAAACAAUCCCAAAAGUAAGAUAUCUACUACAUUGACUGAUAUAUCAAGAAAAAUUAAGAAAACUAAAUCAGCUCAUACUUUAGGUAUAAGCGAAGAGAAUUGUUUAUCCGAUGGCUCUUUGAUUGAUUCACGAUCCAAAAACGAUCAAGAUUCACUUUCCAGCGAUUCAAGUAUAGGAAAAAGAUCUACAAUGAAUACACUCAGAAAGAUUGGAAAAUGGUAUUUCAGGGACGAGCGACUGAAAACUUCGCUGAGCGAAAAUUAUAGUCCACCAGAAAUGAUACUGAAUCGACGAAGUCCCAGAAAAUCCAAUGCGGACCUGACAAAGCCCCCAUCUGUUGAAACGACUCCAACUCAACCUUCCUACGAUUUUAUCAAAUAUCAUGAGACUUCCAUUUCUUCUGAUCCCAACGGCAACAAAAUGUUUCAGAAACAGAUCAACAAUUCAGUAUCUCCCAAGCCACCAACACCGUUACCACCAAGGGAUGAUAUCUCUUUUGAUACAACUGCAUCUGAUAAAAUGAGUGAACAACUCGACUUAAUUGGAAGUUUCGAAGAAAAUAAAAUCAGCGAACAAGAUUCAGCAAGCUUUAAUUCUCAGGAAGAUCCCUCAACUAACACCACUGAUGUUCUCGAAAGAAGCCCCAGUUUAAUAUCAAACAGAGAGAGCUUUAGAAAUGGACAGCUAACCAGAAAGCCCCCUCCGGGGAGCCCACCUGAGCUUCUUCCGAGAAGUCCACCUGAACUUCCUCCUAGAAAAUUUGAAACUACCGACUUACAUGAAGGUCUAUGA